GAGGGAUCUACGGUUUUUGCUAGAAGGUAUACAGCUCCCUCCCUCCACUGCGCAUGCGCACUUCAAUACCGUAUUAUUUUCUUAUUCAAGUGGCGGAUCUUCUGUGAGUGACAGACGCCAUCAUGUCAAUCAGAUGGGGAAUCUGCAGUGCAGGAAAGAUCAGUCAUGACUUUACAGUGGCUCUGAAGACCCUCUCACCUGAACAUCAUCAGGUGGUUGCUGUGGCCGCGCGUGACCUGAAGCGCGCGCAGGAGUUCGCGCGGACGCAUGACAUCUCGCGCGUGCACGGCAGCUAUGAAGAACUGGCUAAAGAUCAAGAGAUCGAUGUGGUGUACGUGGGCGCCAUUCACCCUCAUCAUCUGCGUCUGGGUGUUUUAUUCAUGAACGCGGGGAAGAACGUCCUGUGUGAGAAACCUCUGGCCAUGAACCUGAGGGAAGUUCAGGAGCUGAUCGCCACAGCCAAGCGGAACAACGUCUUCCUCAUGGAGGCCGUUUGGACUCGAUUCUUUCCGGCGUCACUGGAGAUCAGUCGGCUGCUGUCUCAGAGCGAGGUCGGGGAGGUGAAGAUGGUGCGGGUGGACUUUGGCGUUCCCAUCAUGCAGACACCUCGCGCUGUGCAGAAAGAUCUGGGCGGAGGCGCUCUGCUGGACAUCGGCAUCUACUGCCUUCAGUUUGUGUUGAUGGUUUACAACGGAGAAAAACCUCAGUGUGUCCAAGCUACUGGAGUGUGUCUGGAUACAGGUGUAGAUGAAGGAAUGAUUGUCACACUGAAGUUCUCUGGAAACAGAAUGGCCGUUUGCAUCUGCACGAUGGCUGUGGAGCUUCAGAACGAGGCCGUCAUCGCCGGUACUAAAGGCACCGUCAAGAUUCCCGCUCAUAUGUGGUGUCCGACGUCUCUGAUGGUCAACGGUGUGGAGACUCAGUAUCCUGUUCCUGACCCCGCUCUGCCUCUGAACUUCCUCAACAGUACAGGCAUGCGCUAUGAGGCCGAGGAGGUCCGACAGUGUUUACUGAAAGGUUUGAAGGAGAGCUCACGCAUGUCUCACGCAGACUCAGCACUGCUGGCCGAGAUCAUGGAUGAGGCCCGGAGGCAGGUGGGCGUGGUCUACAGUCAAGACAACCAAUGAGCUUCAGCUGUAGCUCACACGCAUCCUGAAAGCUGGUUACAAUUUACAGUGUUCAACACAACAUUCAGGUGUUCGCUUUAAAAUGUUAAUAAAUAUCUACAUCAUGUGAA